AUGGACCAGUACUGCAUUCUUGGUCGCAUCGGGGAGGGCGCCCACGGCAUUGUGUUCAAGGCCAAGCACAUAGAGACUGGAGAGAUCGUUGCCCUCAAGAAGGUGGCCCUGCGGCGGCUGGAGGAUGGCAUCCCCAACCAGGCCCUGCGGGAGAUCAAGGCCCUGCAGGAGAUCGAGGACAAUCAGUAUGUGGUGCAGCUGAAGGCCGUAUUCCCGCAUGGGGCAGGCUUUGUGCUGGCCUUCGAGUUCAUGCUGUCAGACCUGGCUGAGGUGGUGCGCCACACCCAGAGGCCGCUCGCCCAGGCACAGGUGAAGAGUUACCUGCAGAUGCUGCUUAAGGGUGUCUCCUUCUGCCACGCCAACAACAUCGUGCAUCGGGACCUGAAACCAGCCAACCUACUCAUCAGCGCCUCAGGCCAGCUCAAGAUAGCGGACUUCGGCCUGGCCCGGGUCUUUUCCCCAGAUGGCAGCCGCCUCUAUACGCACCAGGUGGCCACCAGAUGGUACCGAGCCCCCGAGCUCCUGUAUGGUGCCCGCCAGUAUGACCAAGGGGUCGACCUGUGGGCCGUGGGCUGCAUUCUGGGGGAGCUGUUGAACGGGUCCCCGCUUUUCCCAGGGGAGAACGACAUCGAACAGCUCUGCUGUGUCCUUCGCAUCUUGGGCACCCCUAGCCCUCAAAUCUGGCCGGAGAUCACGGAGCUGCCCGACUACAACAAGAUCUCUUUUGAGGAGCAGGCGCCGGUGCCCCUAGGGGAGGUGCUGCCGGACGCCUCUCCCCAGGCCUUGGACCUGCUGGGGCAGUUCCUCCUCUACCCUCCACGCCAGCGCCUUGCAGCCUCUCAGGCCCUCCUGCACCAAUACUUCUUUACAGCUCCCCUGCCUGCCCACCCUUCGGAGCUGCCAAUUCCCCAGCGCCCGGGGGGACUGGCCCCAAAGGCCCACCCAGGGCCUUCCAACGUCCAUGACUUCCAUGUGGACCGGCCCCUCGAGGAGUUGCUGUUGAACCCAGAACUGAUUCGGCCCUUCAUCCCGGAGAGUUGA